AUGCGCAGUACAUCCACAGAUAUGAAACAGGGUUUGGCUAUUCGGACCUCGGACUGCGCGCAAUGGCGUCUCCCAUGAACAGCGACACUUUUUAUUCCAACAUAAAUACAGUACAAGAAUGGAUAAGGGUUCAAAUGGAGGAAAACAAAUAUGAUGUCGACCCAAACCCGUUGCCAGAUAUUUAACGAAUGUCUUAUUUUGUGUUAGACUAUGGCAGGCAAAUGAAAUUCUGAAAUCGAAAGAAAAAAUGGGCUUUACCCCCGGAUAGUAUGAUUUCGCUGACAUCAUGCUCUCUUGAACCCUCCACUGCAGACUGUCGCGUUCAUUCUAUGUGGUAUAUUGGCGACUUUGUUUAGAGCCCGAUUCAGGCAUGUUCCAAAAUGGAUUCUCAACAGACAGGGGCUCUGACCAAUUUUGGCUCAGAUGACAGGAGUGUCGGCCAAUCCUUGAAGAGAUCGGGGACUGUGCCAGAGAUCCAUGAGGAGCCAGUGGACUCCUUGAUCUUAUCCUGCCCACCAGGUAACCUCCAAUAAUGCUCCCUUAAACAGGUGUACUCCAGUACAGGUUUCCAAUCAAAACCUUUUUAGGCCAAACGAGGAGGGGCUGGGAGAGUGCCAGAUGUGAGCGGGACACAGCCAGCAUUACAAGAAGCAGUUGAACACUGCGGGCUCAACCAACCAAUCACAGUCUCCUGGUGUGUGCGAUCAAUCAAUCAGAGUCAAAUCAGACGUUCCUGGAUUGUGCAACAGGCCAAUCACAGACUCUGCAGCUCUCAGCUCUACCAAAGACGUGUCUCCCUCUGAUUCUGAAGGGAGUAGGUUAGAAGCCAGAGCUGUUUGGUCUGGGACCAGUUGAAAUGCCCUGACCUCCACUACUGUGACUGGUACGGGUCAAAUGGAGGAUGUGUGUGUUGAAGAGAUAAAACACACGGAGGAGCCUCUCUAUAGGAUGGAGACAGAAGAGAGGGAUAAGAGGAGAGAUGGAGAGAGUGAUGUUACACAACACAGGAACGGUAGUCCCGUUGUCCCUGAAACGCCUCUCAUCUCCGACACAGCCAAGGCAGAGAGAGAUGGAGGGAUAAGGGGGGAGAAAGAAAGGAAAGAUAGAGAGGUUGAGAGAGUGAUCGCUAUUUUCCUACCCCCUAGUCAAUGUCAUGGUGGAAAAGAGAGACCGGGAGAGGAUAGAGGAGAGAGAGCAGAGGCAGGGAAAGGAGUUUGGGGGAGAAGAGAGGAAGAGGAGGGAGAAGUAUUGGAUCUGAGCUUCCCUAAAAAGAGAGAGAUUAAGGAGAGGAGCCUUUGGCAUGAGAGCUCACUGCUUAUGGAGGUAGAUGAGGUAGAGGGGGAUGGAGAUAGGGACAUUGUAGAGGAAGAUGAUGGCGAUGAUGAAGAGGAUUCUAUAUUGAGAAUGGAUGGAGCUGACAUUUUGGGGGGACCUCUCUUGUCUCCCUUGUUCUUCUCUACCUCUGUUUUCACCUCCCUCUCUUCCAUAGACUCUGAAAGUGAAGGUCUUCUCCUAAUAGAUGACCAGGGUAUUCCAUACACACUCACCCCUGAGGGGCACAAAGUUCCCCAAAUGGACUCUUCCAGGCCAGACAACCCCCCCUCAAGCCAGCCAAAGGUGCAGUCCAGCUCAUUGGAGGUAGAGGAUGACAGGUCGUCUCAUAUAACCACAGCAGGGGUCACUUACCUCAGCCAAAGUUUAGUAAAAACUCCACACACACACAAGGAAAACACAUGUCCCGCUCCUGUUACAUCUAUGAAACCCUCACAGAAGUCAGAACUUCUAAACAAUACAGAACACUCAAAGAACCCAGAACUCUCACAGAAUGCGGAACCCCCUAAGGUUCUAGAUUCAGGUGUGAAAUCUGUUAGUGAGGCUCGUGCUGCUGUUUCCCAACCCUCUGGUUCUGCUGUACACCUCCAACCCCCUCAGCCCAUCCAGAUCCUGACUAACCCCUCCUCCAACACCCCCAUCCUCCUCUUCCCCUCCUCCCCCCAGCUCUCCUCCAUUCCCUUAACCAAGACUGAUACCAACCCAGGCCUCCUGGCCUUCUCUCUCUCCCUCCCCCUCUCCCUCACCCAAAACACUCCCAGUGCCUCCACCUCUAUGUUCCUACUGCUCUCCUCCUCCUCCACCACCUCUUCCUCCUGUCAGUCUUUCUCUACUUCCAACCCCAUUGCUCUUAUUGACCGCUCCACCGGUCAGCUCUCCCAAAUCUCUACCUCCUCUUCAUCCCCUCUUUCUCUCUCUCUCUCUUCUGGUCAGCUUGCCACAUCAGUGUCAUCCCUCCCUGCCAAUCCCUCCCACCCAGUUAUUAUAUCGACACCCAACAACUCCCCUACCAUCCUAUCAAGAGAGAGUCCCUUCGUUAACCCUCCCGCCCCCCUGACCUCCCCCUCUGUGGUCUCCUCCCCUCCUCCAAGCAGCCCAGUGCUGAUGGCAGUUCUAAAGCAGUUCUACUCAGCUCACCUCCUCACAAACACACUGAACCAAACUGUUGUGACCCCAACACCGAUCAUCAGUCACUAUCUACUGAAGAAACCCAAAUGGAAUCUGUCCCAAAUGGGUCAUCUCCUACUAAAGCCCCUCCCCUUACACACCUGCAAUCACCUUCUCUGUCCUUUGACUUCCGUUUGGAGGCAUCCGACCAGUCAAAAGCCCCAGAGUCAAAGCACACCUCCCUCCCAUGGGACGACCAUCUGUACUUCUCCUCUGCCACCGCUCCUCUCUCCCCUCCCCUUGCCCCCAUCUUCCCCUCCAGCGGACCCAGGAACCUGAACCCCAUGGACCCUCUGGACCCCCUGUCCCCAGCCUCCUCUCCCUCCUCUGGGCCACGAAGGGUCCUCUACUGCCCUCUCUGCCCCAGGAUCUUCUACUACCUGUCUGACCUGGAGCGUCACUCCAUCACCCACUCUCAGAACAAACCCCAUGUCUGCCUGCAGUGUGGCAAGGCCUUCAAACGCUCCAGCCAUUUGCAGAGACACAAGCACAUUCACACGGGCGAGAGGAACUUUGUGUGCCCCAUCUGCUCCAAGCGUUUCAGGGAGGCGGGCGAGCUGCAGCGCCAUCAGAGGGUACACACAGGAGAGAAGCCCUACCAGUGCCCGCUGUGCCACACACGCUUCGCCGAGCGCAACACCCUGCGUCGACACACCAGACGCAAACACCCUUACCACCAGGCAGCUAUGGAGAUGCUGUCCGAGAGAGGAGCAGGGGGAGGAGGAAGAGAAGGCGGGGAUGGAGAUGCUGUCCGAGAGAGGAGCAGGGGGAGGAGGAAGAGAAGGCGGGGAUGGAGAUGCUGUCCGAGAGAGGAGCAGGGGGAGGAGGAAGAGAAGGCGGGGAUGGAGAUGCUGUCCGAGAGAGGAGCAGGGGGAGGAGGAAGAGAAGACGGGGAUGGAGAUGAGGGCACAGAAGAGUGGUAUAGUUCCACUGUGUCCAACUUGGACAACUCUGACUCUGAACCAGAUUCUGAGGUCAUUUCCUGAGGCUGAUCCUCUUGAAUAAAGGAAAGGAGAAGAGGAGAAGGAGAAGAAGGAGGAGGAGGAAGAGGAGAAGGAGGAGGAGGUGGAGAAGGCGAAGGAGGAGGAGAAGGAGAGCAAAGAUGGUGUAGCUUCACUGUGUUCGACUUGGACAACUCUUGACACUGAAAGGGAUUGAAAAUUACUUUUGAAUGAAAAGUACCUGAACGGUACUUUCCAAUGAGAUUGGUUAUAUUUAUAAAAUGAAUUACUCUUGAAUGUAUUUUAUUUCCAUUUCCUUACAGGGUCGGAAAUUAUCACUGAUCUCAUAAAUCAUUUCCCAUCAAGUAUUCCUUCGAUUUUCGUCAUUUCCACAACUAUAGGGCGGAAAAUGUUAAUGGACAUUCUAAAAAAUGUCCAUCCUGCUAUAACAAUACAUUUGCACUACCAAAGUACAAACAAUUAUGUUGUAAAAAGCGCUGUCGCAAUGUUUUAUUGUAAAAUUGUACUUUUACCCCUUUUUUCGUGGUAUCCAAUUGUUUUUAGUAGCUCCUAUCUUGUCUCAUCGCUACUCCCUUACGGGCUCUGGAGAGACGGAGGUUGAAAGUCAUGCGUCCUCCAAUACACAACCCAACCAAGCCGCACUGCUUCUUAACACAGCGCGCAUCCAACCCAGAAGCCAGCCGCACCAAUGUAUCAGAGGAAACACCGUGCACCUGGCAACCUUGGUUAGCGCGCACUGCGCCCGGCCCGCCACAGGAGUCGCUGGUGCGCGAUGAGACAAGGACAUCCCUACCGGCCAAGCCCUCCCUAACCCGGACGACGCUAGGCCCUCCCUAACCCGGACGACGCUAGGCCAAUUGUGUGUCGCCCCACGGACCUCCCAGUCGCUGCCGGUUACAACAGAGCCUGGGCGCGAACCCAGAGUCUCUGAUGGCACAGCUGGCGCUGCAGUACAGCUCCCUUAACCACUGCGCCUCCCGGGAGGCCCCCUGUUCUUUAUUACUAUAUUUUUUUAUUCUCGUGGAAGCUGUACUUAUUAUUGAGUGAGAUUAUUGAACUUUACAUUUACAUUUACAUUUAAGUCAUUUAGCAGACGCUCUUAUCCAGAGCGACUUACAAAUUGGUGAAUUCACCUUCUGACAUCCAGUGGAACAGCCACUUUACAAUAGUGCAUCUAAAUCAUUAAGGGGGGGUGGUGAGAAGGAUUACUUAUCCUAUCCUAGGUAUUCCUUGAAGAGGUGGGGUUUCAGGUGUCUCCGGAAGGUGGUGAUUGACUCCGCUGUCCUGGCGUCGUGAGGGAGUUUGUUCCACCAUUGGGGGGCCAGAGCAGCGAACAGUUUUGACACUGUCGUUUGCACUUUUGAAAAGUGGAUUUUGUGUUCAAAUGUGAGAACAAUAGCCUCCAAUUUGUCCUUUUGACAUGGUUUUUACAUUGUGAUUUCUGCUGCCUAUGCCUUCAAAACAAGGUGCCCUAAUUUGUUAAAUGCAUAGAACAGAAUUCCUACCAAUUCUUUAUUGUUGCUGAUUGCACCACUGAUGCAAUUGAAGCUUAUGAUAAAUACUCAUCAUGUUAACUUAUUUCAGUUAAACCUCCCUGUGUGUGUACAGUGCCUUCAGAAAGUGUUCAUACACCUUGAGUUAUUUCACAUUUUGUUGUGUUACGGCCUGAAUAAAACAAUGUAUUAAAAAUAUUAUUUUCUCAUACACACAAUACCCAUAAUGAAAAAGUGAAAACAUGUUUUGAGAAAUGUUUGCAAAUGUAUUGAAAAUGAAAAACAUAAAUAUCUAAUUUACGUAAGUAUUCACACACCUGAGUCAAUACAUGUUGGAAUGACCUUUUGCAGUGAUUACAGCUGUGAGUCUUUCUGGGUCUCUAAGAGCUUUGCACACUUGGAUUCUACAACAUUUGCACAUUAUUAUUUUUACAAUUCAAGCUCUGUCAAGUUGGUUGUUGAUCAUUACUAGAUAGACAUGUUCUCUUGCCAUAGAUUUUCAAGCCAAUUUAAGUCAAAACUGCAACUAGGCUUCUCAGGAACAUUCAAUGUUGUCUUGGUAAGCUACUCCAGUGUAUAUUUUCCUUGUGUUUUAGGUUAUUGUCCUGCUGAAAGGUGAAUUUGUCUCCCAGUAUCUGCUGGAAAGCAGACUGAACCAGGUAUUCCUCUAGGAUUUUGCCUGUGCUUAACUUUAUAUCCUGAAUAAGCAAAUCAAACACAGUACAUCAGAGUACCACUCUUCAUAUUUUUAAGCAUGGUGGUGGCUGCAACAUGGUAUGGGUAUGCCUGUCAUCGACAAAGGCUAGGGAGUUUUUUUUAGGAUGAAAAUGAACGGAAUAGAGUUAAUUUCUUUGCCUAAUUUAAUUUUUUUUUACUUUAGUGCCUUAUUGUAAACAGGAAGCAUCUUUGGAAUAUUUGUAUUCUUUACAGGCUUCCUUUUAUUCACUCUGUCAUUUAGACAACCUGGUCUUCGAGCAUUUCGUAUUAUUCUGUAGGUAAAUUCACAACGCUCCAUUUAGUAUCAUAUGUUACGUUUCAUAUGGUAUGUGUACAUUUGUGGAUGUCCAUCCAUUUAGUUUGAUAUGUUACGAAUUUAAAUUUGUAUAAUAUGUUAAGAAUUUCCAAAACGUACAAUAUGUUACUAAUUUGCAAAACUCACGAUAUGUUACAAAUUCUAAUUUGUUGUGGCUAACGUUAGCUAGGUGGCUAAUGCUAACGUUAGCUAGCUGGUGAAGAGAUUCAAACACGAAACGUUGCUUGACGUUCGCGUUGUAUGCCUACCCAUCCACCCUGACCAACCACCCUCCUUUUGGUUUUGUCUUCAGUAGCCUUCUGUCUUAUGUAGCCAUACCAAACGUAACAUAUUAUACUAAUUUGAGUAUCCCGGAUUUACGUUUACUAUGUUACGUUUAGUCUAUGGGACCACUCUGAGGAACUAUAAUGUUAUUGAGCCAUCCUCAGGUUUCUCUUAUCACAGACAUUAAGCUUUAUAACUGUUUUAAAGACACCAUUGGACUCAUGGUGAAAUCCCUGAGCUGUUUCCUUCCUCUCAGGAAAAUGAGUUAGGAAGGAUGCAUGUAUCCUUGUAGUGACUGAGUGUAUUGAUACACCAUCCAAAUUGUAAUGAAUAACUUCACCAUGUUCAAAGGUAUAGUCAAUGUCUGCUUUUUUUAUACCCAGACCUUUGUGAGUCAUUGGAAAACUUCCAUGGUCUUUUGUGGUUGAAUCUGUGUUUGAAAUUCACUGCUCGUCCCAGGGACCUUACUUACAGAUAAUUGUAUGUGUGAGAUACAGAGAUGAGGUAGUCCUUCAAAAAUAAUUUUAAACAUAUAGAGUAAACAAAAAAAUAUUUUUUUGCACAUAGAGUAAAUCCAUUCAACUUAUUUUGUGACUAUGCUAAGCAAAUUUGUAACUCCUGAACUUAUUUAGGCUUGCCUCAACAAAGGGGUUGAAUACUUAUUGACUCAAGACAUUUCAGCUUUUAUUAUUUUAUUACUUAAAUUAAUUUUGGAAAAACACAAUUCCACUUUGACAUUAUGAGGCCAGUGACACAAAAUCUAAAUGUAAUCGAUUUUAAGUUCAGGCUGUAACACAACAAAAUGUGGAAAAAGUGAAAGGGUGUGAAUACUUCCUGAAUGCACUGUACCUACAUUGUAUAUUACAAGAUUUGUGCAUGGUGUUCCUGGCAUCCUUCACUAGUCUCCUUUCCUUCAGGACCAUCCAUCAAAUACUGUCAGAUCAGUAGUCAUGGAAAAAUGGAAACAAGGGCAUAAAGUGAAUCAAGUUAAAUACAAGUUUAAUACGUGAUUAACUUUAAUUAUUUUGGGCCAAGUGUCCAUCUAUUAAGAUAAUGAAUUUUAUUUUUUAAUGACGUUGACAUCAUUCAACCUGAAAUCCACUCAGGUCUUUCUGUCCUGGUCUCUGUGGUAGCUGAUAUAUGUGCUAGGUUUGUGACCUGUGGAGUUGGGAUGUUUCCAGGGGCUAAUUGGGUUUGUAAUGCAGGCUUGAGUUUCUCCUACUUCCCACAGGAGUCGCACCAGCGUUGCCAGGUGCACGGUGUUUCCUCCGACACAUUGGUGCUGCUGGCCUCCGGGUUGGUUGCGCGCUGUUUUAAGAAGCAGUGCGGAUUGGUUGGGUUGUGUAUCAGAGGACGCAUAAAUUUCAAUCUUCGUCUCUCCUGAGCCCUUACGGGAGUUGUAGCGAUGAGACAAGAUAGUAGCUACUAACAAUUGGAUACCACGAAAAAGGGGGUCAAAUAAAAAAUAAAAAACAAGAUCCAGUGCUAGUUACUGGUUCAUUAUUAAAACCAA